CGGUUGUCUACGUUGCAUUCCGAGUGAUUGCGCUCAAACACUUACGCCGCACAGCAGCUGAUAUACAUACAUUAAAACCUGCUCUCACCUCUAGUCAUACUCACAACCUCUCAUCUCAACAGUUUCGCUAGCUCAUAUCCGCCGCGACCAUGUCCACCCGCGGGCAGUUCAACACCAAGAACCCGACCAUCAAGCGCAUAUUAAAGGAAGCGUCGGAACUGUCGGUAUCGCCCUCGUCAGACUACCACGCCGAACCUUUAGAAACCAACCUCUUCGAAUGGCACUUCACAAUCCGCGGCCCGCCAGAGCCAUCACCGUACGCCGGCGGCAUCUACCACGGCCGCAUAGUCCUCCCAUCGACGUAUCCUCUCCGCCCGCCAUCUUUCCGCUUCCUCACACCCACUGGCCGCUUCGAAGUCAACCGCGAAAUCUGUCUAAGCAUAUCGGGUCAUCAUGAAGAAACAUGGCAACCGGCUUGGGGCGUGCGCACAGCUCUUGUCGCGAUAAGGAGCUUCAUGGACACAGAUGCUAAGGGCCAGCUAGGCGGCAUCGAAUGCAGCAGGGAAGCACGCGAGCGCAUGGCCAAGGACAGCGGCACGUGGAAAUGUGCUGGCUGUGCUAAGAGCAAUGCUGACAUCAUGCAAGAGCGGGAGGAACUCGUCAAGGAGGUUGAGGAGAAGGAAGGCAAGAGGAAAGACGACCAAGUCCCCGAAGAGCUGAGACUUGCCUAUCGCGACGAGCUGGGUAAGGAAGGCCAGGACGACAAGACGGUGGAUAAGGGCAAGCAAAGGGCAGUAGAGAGUUCUGCUGAAGCCGCGUCACCUGCCUCGCCACCAGAAUCUACCGCUUCAGUACCGGUCACCACCCCAACGCGACCCACUUCUGCUGUACCUACGGUUAGACCUACAAGGACGAGACCCACACCUCCGCUCCAACAGGUCGCCCAACGUAGUCCGGACCUGGCUUGGAUCGAUACUUGCAUCUACGGACUAGUGGCUGCUUUGUUGUUCAUGGUGCUCAAAAGGUUCGUAUGAGCGAGCCAGUUUAGGCUUACGGUUCUGCUUGGCCAGUCAUGGUAAGAUGGCCGCAGUGAAAUUAGCACGGGUGUAUUGGCGUUGCAAUGUCUGUUGAUGUUCGUGGAGUCUCACUUUUUAUUCUGCUUGAACUUUCUGGUGGGUACUCGCGUGCCAUGUCGUUCGAAAGCCCUGGAUGAAAUGGCAUUUUCUCAAUCCUUCCCUCAAGCGAAUCAAAGAAAGCUGGGACGUUGGCGGUGCGUGUUCAUGGGGACCAUCAUCGUAAGAGUCGUACAUGUGCUAUGUCUAGUGUUUGCUUCAAAUUCGACAGGUAGCACGAGAUGCUGGGGUGUCUGAGGUACGUGAAGCUCGACAGUAUGACACUCAUUAAAUACUGCUUGUCGCACAUAAAGCAUAUGUUAGUCGAUUCGAAAUCACAUCUUGUCACGGCAAUUUUCACACAUCUUGCUAAAAGGCUUUUUACUAUUCUG